CUCCCACAGCCCGGCGCGCGCCUCACGUACAACCCGCAGCCUGGCGCGCGGCCGCCCCACCUCCACGCGAAGCCUCCGGCGAGCGACCUAAGCAGCGGGGCGGAGACAGCCAGCCAGCGAGCGAGCCAGCGAGCCGCGCCGGCGCGGGACGGGGAGCGGUGCCCGCCCUGCGCUUGGCGGAGGGGAGCCGCGGCCAUGGCGGGCCGCGCCGCGCUGCAGCGGAGCGUUGUGUCCCCGGCGGGCAGGCACCGCGCCUCGGUGAUCCUGCUGCACGGCUCAGGUGACACUGGCCCAGGAGUAAGAGCAUGGAUCAAACAAGUUCUGAAUCAGGAUUUGGUUUUCCAACAUAUAAAAGUAAUUUAUCCAACAGCUCCUGCCAGACCGUAUACACCUAUGAGAGGAGCCCUCUCCACUGUGUGGUUUGACAGAUGGAAGAUCUCUAAUGACUGUCCAGAACACAUUGAAACCAUUGACUCAAUGUGUCAGGUGCUUACAAACGUGAUUGAUGAUGAAGUUAAAAAUGGCAUCAGCAAGAAUAGGAUAAUUUUAGGAGGUUUUUCAAUGGGAGGUGGCAUGGCAAUGCAUUUAGCAUACAGGUAUCAUCAAGAUGUGGCUGGAGUCUUUGCUCUUUCUAGCUUUCUCAAUAAGACAUCUGCUGUUUACCAGGCUUUACAAAAAAAUGAAAGUGUCCUUCCUGAAUUAUUUCAGUGUCAUGGAACAGCUGAUGAGUUAGUUCUGCAUUCGUGGGGUGAAGAGACCAACAAGAUGUUAAAAUCAUUGGGAGUAGCAACAUCUUUUCAUAGUUUUCCAAAUCUUAAUCAUGAGUUACACAAAACUGAACUGGAAAAAUUGAGCUCCUGGAUUGUAAAGAAAUUGCCUGUGGAGACAGCAAUGUCAAAUGAAUAAAUGAAAUUAACUUAAUAUUUCAAAAUAACAUGUUUAUGUACGGCAAGGACUUGCCUCCACUAACAGUUAAUGUACAGCAGGCUAGUAUGAGGUAAAUCUACAACCCAGCUUGCCGCGCACUAAGUGUCCAUGUGGAUCCUGCUGCCUCUCUAGUUCCCUGCUUUGAAACAGGAGUAGAUCAGAGUGCACAGUGAAUGGUUAGUACAUGGCAGCAUGGUCCACAUAGACAGUUAGUGCAUGGAAAACUAGGGUGUGUCUACUGCACACUAGCCUGCAUCACUCUAACUGUUCAUCUAGACAAUCCCUAAGGGUGCAUCAUCUAUUUCGUAAAUACAAAUCCAGCUUCAUAUAAACACUGAUGUUACAUACAACUUUCUUACAACCUAGCCCGGAUGAUGAUAAACUACUGAUACUUACUAUGGUUUUACUGUCCAGUAUGCAAAACAUGAAGCUACAACAUUCUGUGGAAGAUACGGAGAGUAUUAAAACCAUUUAUAGAUGGGCCAAACUAUCUUCAAAACUUUAAUAUAUAUUGUUCCAUGAGUUUCCAGAUCAUCCAGUUUUUGUUCCAAGAUGGAAAAAUCUGUAAUAGAUUUUUUUUUU